UAACUGGGCCUUGAAGAAGGCACAUCAUCAAGAGGCUUUAAGAGUGUCUCAUGUAAAUCACCAUAAUCGGACCUAAGGAAUGCAGGAGGUGAUAAAGAACAACCCAAAUCAAGACAAUUGAUGGCUAAACCAGUGCCUCCUCAGGGUGCCUUUCAUGUCAUGACUCUGCUGUAGCCUUUGAGCCGUGCCAGGGGAGCUGCACCCAACGUGUGUCCAAGUACCCACCUGCCUGGGCUACAGGACAAGGAAAGAGGACUAUCUAACUCUGCAUGAAGAUAGGAAUAAGCUCCAGCAAAGCUGGGGCCUCCUGCAAGGCCACUCACUCCACUCUGGGACCUGGUAUGAGUGUGCAGACUUUCCCUGUGUGACACUCCUGUGGCAGACAAGUGGAUGUGGCAGAGCAAAGGAACCAGUUUCAGGUCCCACGAGGUGUCUGAAGUUCAUAUAAAUUAUUCUGUAGACUCAGAGUAAAGGCAACUGAAAACCCCCAGGUGAGAGGGAGCAGGAGAGCUUCUAUCAACCAUAGGAUCAGAUCACUGCAAUGUGACUGUGAGCCAUGAGCUCUGCACUGGAAUUUCAGCAGUUCCUUUCCAGACUGGGGCCAUCUGAAAACAGCUGCUAGGUUUGGCAACAUGACCUGGAUGGGCAUGUCUUCUAGGAGCAUGGGAAUCCCCCCAUCUCCCUACAAGUUGCAGAGUUCUUCCUGUUGUACCUUAGUUCCUGACUACACCUGCUGCCAUCAGGAUUUUUGUGCUACAAGAAAACCCAUCAAGAUGUGUGCAUCACUUGGAUAUUCUCCAAACUUCUCCUCUCCAGGCUUUUUGAUGUGCUGGAUCAGUUCAGCAACCUGCACAGAAUGGAGCACCUGCUGGUAAUCCAGAGAGGAAUUUUGCCAGGAAAUCAGCAUCAUGUGAAAGUGCAUUUCAAUGCACCUUAUCAGCCCUCUCUGAAGGCUGCAGUAUCUGUACCAUCACCAUGACUGAGAAACGAGCAAUAUCCUGCAGAAAAGAUGACAUUUAUUGGCUUGUUUUUCUUCUGUAUGCUGAUGAACGUCCUAACAGAUGCUCGAUCAAUCCUGGAUGGAGAUGAUCCUUACCAGGAGUCUGUAGCCUUGCCAUACUGGCCCUUCUCAGCCAAUGAUUUCUGGUCCUAUGUGGAGUAUUUCCGGACCUUGGGAGCCUACGACAGGAUUGAGGAAAUGGCCAGAGCCUUCUUUGCCCAGUUCCCUUUUGGGAGUCACCUUGGCUACCACGUGCCCAACCACGACCACUGAUUGCUUCACUCAUUUGUGCUGCAGCUGGUGCUGGCCAAGGUG